AUGGACAUCAAGCCUGAAACCUUGAUCUCUGUUGACUGCAUGGAGAGUGAUGAAAAGGAUCACCAGAGUACAAGCCCGAAAGUGCCCUGCAUGAGCCAUGGUCUUAGCAAGACCCCACUUCUCGAUCGUGAGCUGCAGAGGUCACAGACACGGGAAGUUAUCCACGCUAUAUCAUCGGCGUUGAACGAACUCGUCGACGACAAGAAAUGCACCAAGUGCACAGUGGAGAAUCUUUCAACUCUACUUACAGAGCACAUCCGGAACCUGAGGGAGGCGAAGCAGAAUGGACAAUGGUCUAAAGAAGAUAGAAAACUGCUCAAGGCAGAGACCAAGAGCCUAUUGAAGCCAGUCAAGAAGCAACUGAAGAGCCUAUGGAAAGCAAAUUAG